UAACUUUACUUCUCAACUAUACUCUUCUCAGCGACUCAGGGAGAAGGAUAAUGUCUGAUCACGGACAAAGAAUGGUGGAGGAUGAGAUAAACACGUUCUUCCCUAAUUUAUCUGAGAAAGAUAAGAAACACAUCAUGGAAUAUGUGAAGGAGAUAAUCCAAAUGGAUCACCUGUUGACGAUCUACUCCCUGGAAUCAAAAGAUUUAGAUCACGCUUUAUUGUUCGCUCUGAUAAAGAGUAAAACUGAUAACGACUCUGCAAUUGAACAGAUGAGUAUGGCGAUCAAAUGGAACCGUAUGGAGCUUGCUGAGGAAAUAUUGAAUAUGGAGACUGUUCAAUUUAGCAAAGAACAGCUGACAUCGUGCAUGGAACAAGCUAUUUUGAGUGAUAGAAAAGACUUCCUAAAUAUUUUUUUGAAAGAGGAAAAUAUAGAAAUGAAGAGUUUCCUGACAUAUGAAAGAUUGGAGAGUAUGUUCAGGUACAAGCCGGAGGGCUCCGCUCACAUGGGAAAGAAAAGGUUUUUUAAAGCUCUGGAGAGACAAAUCCCUUGGAUAAAAUCGCGCAACGAAUUAACACUACGAGACAUUGGAACGUUUUUGGUAAAGAUUCUGGAAGGGGGGUUUAAGAAUCCUCUCCGUAAAGUGGACUACAAUAAGACACCAGAGAACCCUUACGACCUGCUAAUGAUUUACUGUGUUUUAAAUGACUGUAGUGAUAUGGCAGAUCUACUGUGGGAGUACACUCACUCUCCCAUAUCAACUGCUCUUAUCUGCUUCAGGAUAUACAAGUUCCACGCGGAAUACACUUGCAGUUUAACAGCGUACGACCAGGACUCUGAAACCUUUUGUCUGGAACAAGCCGAUAAAUACGAAGAAUACGCUUGCAAGUCCCUGACUCAGUGCCCUAAGUUAUUUGAUAAGGACGACACCUUCCUCCUACUGCACACACCUCACGGCUUCUGGGGUGGCCACUCUCUCCUCAGCAUUGCAACAAUGGUUGGCUCUGACAAGUUCCUAGCUCACGGCGCAGUGCAGAACUACCUUACUGACGUGUGGAUGGGAGAGAUAAAAUCUACUGAGAGUAAUAUUAAGAUAAUGUUGAGUUCCUGGUUGAUGUUCCCCUUACUGUUGAAGUAUGAACAACGGGAGCGGACUAACGAGGAGAUACAGCAGCUGUUGAUAAUGGAGCACAGUACUCAGGGCACUUGUGAUUUUGAUGAUCAAGGGAACGAGAUGGAGAUGAACGUGACAGGAAAGAAGACGAAGAAGAAGAGGAAAGUGAUGAGAGACUCAUUAGAGAGUAAGAGGAAGUACAGUUUAAACUGGUACCAGAAGCUGUACGCUUGCUACAAUUCUCCUAUUGUAAAGUUCCAGUGGAACUUGAUUUGGUUUGUAGUUUUCUUGAUAAUCUACGCUUACUUACUGGUGGUGGAUCACAACAAAAUCUGUGCCAUCAACAGUUCCUCUAGCAUUGCUGCCCCGGAGGUCUAUCUCUUCCUCUUCGUUGUGGGAACCUUGCCAACUGAGAUUCUACAGUUAGUGAAGAACCCAGCCAGCAACCCAAUAGCUAAAAUAUGGAAUCACUUCUCAAGUUUCUUUAACUGUGUGGACGGUAUCGCCAUCUUUACCUACUUCGUCUCCUUCGUCAUCAAGGUGACCACUUCUCCGGAUCUUAACCCGGACUACUUGCAUGACAACAACGAGUGUAAAUACCAUAUUGCUUCGCUCAACACGUUUUACGACCAGGAGUUCAACGCCCUGAAUGCGGGUCACGUGUUAAACGUUAUCAGCUUCAUGUUUUACGUCAUAAGAGCUAUGGACUUCUUCAAACUUUCCGCUGAGAUGGGACCUAAAGUCAUCAUGAUCUUUGAAAUGAUCAAGGAUCUAUUCUUCUUCAUUUUGUUGUUGUUACUGUUCGUGUUUGCUUACAGCAUUGGUGCUCAAGCGAUAUUGCGGCCCAACAAAGACCUGGAACCACCAAAUAACGACUACUUGUUCCACCUUAUCUUUUAUCGUCCUUAUCUCAUGGCUAUGGGGGAGUUUGGGAUAGAAGAGUUUGUUGACGACUUCAUGAUUGACCACUGCGACAGGACUUCGCUAGCUAUGGACUGUGAUGACCUGAAGCUGACCUCGCUUCUUGAAGUCAGCAAAAUAGCCUCUGUCCACUACUACUUCUUCGUGGGACUGACUAUUAUCUAUAUAAUGAUCGCUAAUAUCCUUCUUGUUAACCUCCUCAUUGCUAUCUUCAGUAACACGUAUGAGCGACUGCAGGAUAACUCACAAGAACUGUACCUGGUACAGAGAGCUGCUAUGAUAAUGGACUUUGAGCACCGUACCAUUCUACCUAACCCCUUCUCCAUACCAGAGCACUGCUGGAUGAUUGGGAGGUGGAUCUAUAGGAAGUUCUGUUACAAGGAAUCCGGGCAAGGUAAAAUCCACGAUACUAACUACCACAAAAUGACAAAAGUAGAAAGGGCAUGUGCGGACGAGUUUGCAACCCACAAGGAAGAAGAGGAAGCGGGAUUUGUGAAGGACACACUGAAGGAUCUGAAACAAAGCUUAAUAUCUGUAAAAAAUAUUCUCAACAACUCCUCACUUGGAGGAAACACGCUAGUUCGUCGAAAGUCCAGUAGUGACUUGGAUGUAUGUCAGGUAUCUUUUGAAGAAGAUCAAACGAAACAGCCGGAAAAAGAACUAAAACGUAUUUCUACAACUGCGAUCGCAACAGCGGGUAUAUUCAAACAGGUUGCAAUAUCAGAAAGGCCGGUAGAGAUACAUACAGACUCCCGUACAUCUCCCUAUCCUAAGACUAAGAUAGAGAGGACUGAGGUACCCGACAGUCACGUUCCUUGGAAGGUUGUCUGGGAAGAUUAUUCACCGGUGGAGUACUCUAAGAAAAGACCAGUGGAUAAACCUCAUCACCAUGACGAUGAAGCACUGCCAAUGUCACUCAUCAAAUGCUUCAACAAGUACAGGGAUGGUGUGAACAGGAAAAGCUUCUUGGGAGUGUACGGUAUAGACGAGAUAGGAAGACCAAUUAACCCCAGAGGCAGGACAGGUAUAUCUGGUAAAGGUAAUCUAAAGAGAUGGGGACCAAAUCUUCAGGGGGAUGUCAUUGUUACCAGAUGGCAGGUAGAUAGCAAUGGAAAGCCAGUCCGUCACCCAGAGGAUGGUAGACAGGUACUUGAGUUCGUGGCAGUGAGGAAACAGAACCAGUGGGCUAUACCGGGAGGGAGGGUUGUUGAGGGGGAGAAACUGGUGGAUACGCUGGAGAGAGAGUUCAGUGAGGAGGCGCUGGGAUCCCUCGACAUGAAUGCGGAAAAACGCCGGGAAUGUAUGAAGAUGGUUGAUAAACAUUUCGGAUUGGGAAUCAAUGUGUAUCAAGGUUACGUGGACGACCCCUCUAACACAGAUAAUGCUUGGUUUGAAACAACAGCUCUCAGCUAUCACGACUCUGACGGCAGUAGCUUCGCUAACUUUCCUCUUGAUACGAUCGGAACAGAGGAAGACAGAAAAAGUUCCAGAUGGAUAACCUUAGACCAGAACCUCGACCUGUACGCCAACCACGAGAAUAUUAUCGAGAAAGUGUGCUUCCACAGGAACGCGUACUGUCCUAUUACAGACGAAACUGACACAGUGGAGGAAGGAAAAAAGUUGUUGAAAAAGAAAUCAUCGCUGUGGGGUGUAUUCCUUAGUCCUGAAAACACUGACGAGGCUGAUGCUUAAAGACUCCAGAUAUACGGCACGUAAUUGAUUAUGAGAUGGAGUCUUUGUUUAACCUAUACGGCACUUUCUGAGUACGUGAUACAGUCAUCAUUAUAGUUAGAUGGCACGUACUGCAGCUGUAGACGGCACGUAAUGGAUUACGAGAUGCGAUACGUACCGUUCAGCUAUAGGGUUAAAAACUCCAUUACGAACGACUCAUGGUGCUAUAGGAUUAAAGACUCUAUCAGUCUAUCACACACUACUCAUGGUGUUUGAGAUGGAUAAUGGAAAUUUAUAAGUUUUUCACCUACAUUCAGAUGUAUAAUAAUUUUAGAAGUUUUAGAACUAUAUAAGUAUAUAGUGCGAUUACCAACAUGACAUAAUCGGGGGAGGCUGAGCAGCAGCAGA